GUUAAAAAAAUUUUGCGGCUCGCUGACGAAGUGGGCGGAAAUAUCGCCAAAGUUAAGUGUAUCAGAAAACGAUGGUAUAAUGACCAGAGAUGGGUUGAUAAGUCUACACCACCAGACGAUGCCCCCGCCUGGACCAUCUCUUCUUCUUAUCAUCCCGAAAAUAUAGAGAAAAGAUCAAUUGAAAUUGAAGCUGAAGAAAAUGAAGAAAACAAUAGUAAUUUUAAAUACUUAAACGAAAUUGCAUAUAGAGAAUGGGAACAAGAACAAGAUAUAGAUUCUAAUAGUAUGGAGGAUAUAGAAGAUGAAAUCCAAAUAAAUGUUGAAGAAGUAGAAGGAAGUAGUAAAUCUAAAAUUCCUUGGCUCGAAAGAGAAGAGAAUGAUUAUUGUCAAAUAGAGGCAGAAGCUCAUUAUGAAGCUCUGAUGAAAUUAUUAGACAAAGAAGAUUUCUUUUA